GUUGGUCCUGCUCCUCCUCCAGCCGCGAACCCUAAGGGGGUCUCCGGGUCCCACCGCCCUCAGCCUCAAGCCCAAGCCAAGGGAGGUGCCCUCAGAGCUAGCUACGGAAGGAGGCGGGGAUUGGAGCGUGUGAAGAGGAGAGGGAGGGACGGGCUCUCCUCGCCACUCGCCGCUGGUGGCCGCAGGCGCCCUGCGCUGCCGCCGUCUCCGGGCGGAGCUGCUCCCGGAGCCGCGACUGUAUUGAGAACCUGUGAAUGUCCGCGUGGACCAGGGCCGCGCGGGCCCCGCGCCUCCUACAGCUGGCUCCCGCGUGCUGCUGUGUAUGUUCGCUUCUUGUCACUGUGCGCCGAGAGGCAGAAGGACUAUGAAAAUGAUUCACUUUCGGAGCUCCAGCAUCAAAUCACUCAACCAGGAGAUGAAAUGCACCAUUCGACUGCUGGACGACUCGGAGGUCUCCUGUCAUAUCCAGAGGGAAACGAAAGGGCAGUUUCUCAUUGAAUACAUCUGCAACUACUAUAGCUUGCUGGAGAAGGACUACUUUGGAAUUCGCUAUGUGGAUCCAGAGAAGCAAAGGCACUGGCUUGAGCCUAACAAGUCCAUCUUCAAGCAAAUGAAAUCUCAUCCACCAUACACCAUGUGCUUUAGAGUGAAAUUCUACCCACAUGAACCCUUGAAGAUUAAAGAAGAGCUCACAAGGUACCUUUUAUAUUUGCAAAUUAAAAGAGACAUUUUUCAUGGUCGACUGCUGUGUUCCUUUUCUGACGCCGCCUAUCUGGGUGCUUGUAUCGUUCAAGCUGAGUUUGGUGAUUACUAUCCUGAUGAGCAUCCUGAGAAUUAUAUCAAUGAGUUUGAGAUUUUUCCCAAGCAGUCACAGAAGUUGGAAAGAAAAAUCAUGGAAAUUCAUAACAAUGAACUCAGAGGUCAGAGCCCAGCGAUGGCUGAAUUCAACUUACUCUUGAAAGCUCAUACAUUGGAAACGUAUGGGGUGGAUCCUCACCCAUGCAAGGAUUCAAGAGGUGCUACAGCAUUUUUAGGUUUCACUGCUGCAGGUUUUGUCGUAUUCCAGGGAAAUAAAAGAAUCCAUUUGAGAAAAUGGUAUGCAAAAUCCAGUCAGAUCAAGACUGUGUCAAGCAGCAAGAUAUUUUUUAAAGGAAGUAGAUUUCGAUACAGUGGUAAAGUUGCUAAAGAGGUUGUAGAGGCAAGCUCCAAAAUCCAGAGGGAUCCUCCUGAGGUGCACAGAGUCAACAUUACUCAGAGUCGCAGCUUUCACUCCUUGAACAAACAGCUCAUCAUCAACAUGGAACCUUUGCAGCCUCUGCUUCCUUCCCCCAGUGAACUGGAAGAAGAAGUUCCUAUAGGUGAGGGUGCCCCAUUGCCUAAAAUGGAUGUGUCUGAGCCCCUAAUUGCCAGCUCACCGGUGAAGGGAGCUCAGUGUGCAGAUCCUCCAGAUGAAGAGGAAGAUAGAGUGAAAGAAGACCCAUUGACCAUCUCGGAACUAGCAUACAAUCCCAGCGCCAGCCUGCUACCUACCCCAGUGGAUGAUGAUGAAAUCAACAUGCUCUUUGACUGUCCAUCCAGGCUUGAAUUAGAAAGAGAAGAUACGGAUUCAUUUGAGGAACUAGAAGCAGAUGAAAAUGCCUUUUUGAUGGCUGAAGAGGAGGAGCUGAAAGAAGCUCGCCAAGCUUUGUCAUGGAGCUAUUCCAUCCUGACCGGCCGUAUCUGGGUCAACCCGCUGGUCAAGAGUUUCUCCAGGCUCCUUGUGGUGGGCCUGGGACUGCUGCUGUUUGUAUUUCCCCUGCUCCUCCUCCUUUUGGAGUCAGUCUCUAUGCCAUAAAAAGACUCAACAGGACCUGCACAUGGUGGACCCAUCCAAUACCAGUUCUCCACAUUUCAGCCUCUCUCUCUCUGACUGGGUGGAUAAAUUUGUGAGCCGACCAAGAAGGCUCAGCUGUCAUCACUUCAGAGAGGAAGAAAGAAACUUCACUUAGCCUCAGACUUCAGGUGCAUUGACCCAUCCAUUAGUAAAGCUGAUUUGAACCAUC